AUGGUUUCUGCAGAUGUGGACUUCAGGCAUUUUGUUAACCGGCUACUAGAUGGAGCAAGCUUCACAAUCCUAUCAGAUUUGUGCCACAGUGGUGGUCUCAUUGAAAAUGAGAAAAAACAAUUUGGUGCUGAGCAUAUGACGACACCAGUAAAUCCCAACAAGCCUAAACCAUCUAAUGUUAAGGCUAAGGGUAUUCCUUUUGAUGAGAUACAUGAUGCGAUAGUUAUAGCAGCAGGCCUCCUACACGGUGAAGUAAAUAUUAGCCAAAAGAUUUACGAAAUCUUUGGAAAAGAUGUGAGUCUCAAAUUCCAUCCUCACUACGUAUAUGGGUUUAUGGUGUUGGAUCCACUAAAGGAGGAGGAUGCGAUUUUAUUAAGUGGGUGUGAAGCCAAUGAGACAUCAUAUGACCUGGUUUUGGGAAUAAAGCCUUUGGGGCAUUCACUGAUGCAGUAG